CCAGAAACAGGUUGAGCCAGGUAAAGGGAGGAGGAGGAGAUCUGCCCGAGUCCCAGCCAAUCACAGCCCUCCCUGAGCCGAGACUGAGAGAUCUUCAAAGAGUUGUUGGAGGACGGUUGUAGAACAGGUGGAUGUGAUCACAGCCAGGAGCUGAGCAUAGCAGAUCUUGGGGGCUGAUCGUCAACUCUUGGAACAAUGAAAGGAGUUGGUUGUUUUCAGGUCGUCCUCAUUUUUGGCAAUGUGAUAAUUGGGCUUGCCGGACUCGCCUUGACAGCGGAGUGCAUCUAUUUUGUGACAGACCAGGAACGUCUCUACCCAUUGCUUUAUGCCACUGGUAACGAUGACCUCUUUGCGGCUGCCUGGAUUGGUAUCUUCACUGGCUUCUGCUUCUUCCUGCUUGCCAUCUUGGGUAUUGUUGGCAUCAUGCAAUCCAACAGGAGAAUGUUAAUGGCGUAUUUAAUCAUGAUGUUUAUCGUCUUUUGCUUUGAAAUGGCCUCUUCGAUCACUGCAGCAACACAAAGGGACUUUUUGACGCUCCAACUUUUCCAGAGGCAAAUGCUGGAUGAAUACAAUCCUAAAUUGGAGAACAGCGUAACCAGAACAUGGAACUAUCUCAUGCUUACGAAGCAGUGCUGUGGUGUGAAAGACUACUCGGACUGGCAAGUAUAUAACUCCACGUUCCGGACCAUCAACAGUAACUCCGCCUUCGCCUGGCCUCAGCAGUGCUGCGUCAUGAACAAUCUAGGACAACCUGUGAGCGUUGAUGGAUGCAAGCUGGGCAGUUCGGGAUACCUCAACCAAAAUGGCUGUUACGACAAAGUGAUUGCUGGUUCAUUGAAUCGCCAUGCCUGGGGUAUUUGUUGGUUCGGAUUUGCAAUUCUGUGCUGGACGUUCUGGGUGCUGCUUGGAACCAUGCUCUACUGGACCAGAAUUGAAUAUUAAGAUCUUGCCACCGCCGCCGCUGCCUCCUCUGACAACUUUUUAGAAAGACCCGCCAUCACUAGGCCAAUGCGGAAGACAGGAGCUAAAUCCC